AAUGUAUUCGGAGGAGAAAUAAAUUCCUUCACUACUGUAGUCUGUAGCUCACACUCAACUGGAUUUCCUUCUCUCUGUAAGUUAUGGGGAAUUUCUCUCGCCAAAUGGCGCUUUCGUCGGCGCUUUUGAAGCGCUUGCAAUCGCGCCGGGGAGCUCUCAACACCGUCAAUUCGGGCGCCGCGAGAUCUUUUACGACGACGGAGGGACACCGCCCGACCAUAAUUCACAAGCGCAGCUUGGAUAUUCUCCACGAUCCGUGGUUCAACAAGGGAACUGCAUUUUCGAUGACAGAGCGUGAUCGUCUUGACCUCCGCGGGUUACUGCCUCCAAAUGUCAUGAGUCCUGAACAACAAAUUGAGCGCUUUAUGGCCGAUCUAAAGAGGCUUGAGAAGAGUGCUAGAGAUGGACCAUCCGAUCCAUACAGUUUGGCUAAGUGGCGAAUUCUCAACCGGUUGCAUGAUAGAAAUGAGACAAUGUAUUAUAAGGUUCUUAUUGACAACAUCGCGGAAUAUGCACCAAUAGUCUAUACUCCUACAGUUGGUCUUGUUUGUCAGAAGUACAGCGGCCUAUUUAGGCGGCCUAGGGGCAUGUAUUUUAGUGCACAAGAUCGUGGUGAGAUGAUGUCAAUGGUUUACAACUGGCCAGCAGAACAGGUGGAUAUGAUUGUUGUAACAGAUGGAAGCAGGAUACUGGGUCUUGGAGAUUUAGGAGUUCAGGGAAUUGGAAUUGCAAUCGGAAAGUUGGAUCUUUAUGUUGCUGCUGCAGGGAUAAACCCACAGAGAGUACUUCCUGUCAUGAUUGAUGUUGGAACCAACAAUGAGGAGCUUCUGAAAGACCCCUUGUAUUUGGGAUUGCAAGAGCAUCGCCUUGAUGGAGAGGAGUAUCUUGAAGUUAUUGACGAAUUUAUGGAAGCUGUUUUUACCCGUUGGCCUCAUGUGAUUGUCCAGUUUGAAGAUUUUCAAAGUAAGUGGGCCUUUAACCUACUUCAGCGUUAUAGGAAAGAGUACAGAAUGUUCAAUGAUGACGUUCAGGUAUGUAAGUUGUGUGCUGAGGGUUGCUUAGAUUUCUUGAGGCUUGACUGAACUACUUUUAAUGCUACUGAUUAUGUCUGACUUAGUAUCAGAUGAUAGCUGGAAUUCUCAAUCACUAUAAAGUCCUUAAAGAGUCAAUAGUUUGACACCAAGGGGCGCAAUCUGCAAAC